UGAAACUGACGUUGUAUUCGUCUAUGGUGUUUCAUUAAAAGAAAAGGAAAUGCCAUCACAACGAUGGGACGGACAGCUGUAUGUGUUUGGCGCGAUGGAGUCUCCCCUCCAUCUCCGGAGUCAGGUCACCACAGGUCAGUGCUUAAAAUCAUGUUAACUUAUUACUAGCCAGUGUUUAUAAAAAUGUUAAAUUUUUACUGGUCAGUGUUUAAAAGAAUAUAAACUAUGCACUUUUGUUGAGAUAAGGGCCAAACUUCCGCCCCCCCCUCUUCCUUUUCCUUUCUUUUCCUCACUGCAUUGUUGUGACAACAUAUUGCUACAGCAGACUGUGACAACAGAUUGUGACAACAGAUUGCUACAACAGACUGUGACAACAGAUUGUGACAGCAUACUCUGACAACAGAUUGUGACAGCAUACUCUGACAACAGAUUGUUACAAAAGAUUUGUUAUCUUUCUCUUAUGUCCCUUGUGUAGAUAUUAGUAUAAUGACAGUAGUAGUCGAAAUGUUGACGUCUGUAAAAUGACAGCAGCACCUUUAAUUAAACCAUAAGUUUGCUGUUAACUCAUCAGAAAUGGUUGUGUCCUAAGCUUUUCAUGUUUGUUAAAGAAAGUUGCCAUGAUUUAUUGAAAUGAUAUGUUUUAAUUAGAACCUAUCAUUUAGCCUAACCUUUGAGUAGCACUGGCCAGUACACCCGGUCAAUCCAAGGAUCGGAUAAGGAAACAAACCUUUAAACCACGACGAGGACAGUCAUGUCAUCCUGGAACGUUCAUAGAAAGAAAUCGAACCUUCUAUAAUAAUCUAAAAACUUCAAGAAACUUUGGAAAUAUUAAUUCUCCAAAAGUGCGAAAUGUCCCGGUAAAGUAUAGAAAUCUAUAUCCCGGAAAGAUAUAGAAAUCUAGUAUAGAAUAUAGAAAUAUAUAUCCCGGUAAAGUAUAGAAAUCGAAGUCCCAAUAAGUUAUAGAAAUUUAAUCUUUAUCUCGUUUAGGAAUAGAAAUAUAUAUCCCGGUAAGUUAUAGAAAUCUAUAUCCCGGUAAGGUAUAGAAAUCUAUAUCCCGGUGAGGAAUAGAAAUCUACAGUUCCAAAAUGAAAGCUUCCAAAGGAUACUUAUUUAAUAGUAAAUCCAUCAUUGGAAAAAAAAAUCGAAUAGAUAUCUUUUUCACUAAACUAACAUUUCCACAAACUUUUUAAUCCCAAGAAAUAUCUCUAUGAAAAUUUUAGAACUGUCUAGAACAUGCUAGAUUUUAUUUAUUGCCCACCCCCACCCCAUAAACUUGUGUCAAGUUACCCUUUUUCGUAAACAUUUUUUCGAAUACAAAAAAAUGCCAUAUUCUAGGCCGGUCCUGAGUAGGAUGGUGAUGAUUAUUUUUAAAUGCACCGAUACUUUAGUAUAGACUUAUGGAAGAAGAGGCUAUAGUGCUUGGUUUAAAUUCACGAAGAACUCAGAGCACACAGAGAACAUUAUUAGGUUGUCUUUCGUUGAUGUUAUCUAUAUAGAUUUUAUAAAGAAAAUUGUAUCCACCCUACUUCUAGCCAAGUCAUAUUUGAUCAAUCCUAUUUCUAGCCAAGUCAUAUUUGAUCAAUCCUAUUUCUAGCCAAGUCAUAUUUGAUCAAUCCUAUUUCUAGCCAAGUCAUAUUUGAUCAAUCCUAUUUCUAGCCAAGUCAUAUUUGAUCAAUCCUGCUUCUAGCCAAGUCAUAUUUUAUCCAUCCUAUGUCUAGCCAAGUCAUAUUUGAUCAAUCCUAUUUCUAGCCAAGUCAUAUUUUAUCCAUCCUAUUUCUAGCCAGGUCAUAUUUUAUCCAUCCUAUUUCUAGCCAAGUCAUAUUUUAUCCAUCCUAUGUCUAGCCAAGUCAUAUUUGAUCAAUCCUAUUUCUAGCCAAGUCAUAUUUUAUCCAUCCUAUUUCUAGCCAAGUCAUAUUUUAUCCAUCCUAUUUCUAGCCAGGUCAUAUUUUAUCCAUCCCAUUUGUAGCAAAGUUAUAUUUCAUGCAUCCUAUUUCUACCCAAGUCAUAUUUGAUCAAUCCUAUUUCUACCCAAGUCAUAUUUUAUCCAUCCUAUUUCUAGCCAAGUCAUAGUGUAUUCAUCUUACUUAUAGCCAAUUCCUAUUUGAUCCAUCCUACUUGUAGACAAGUCCUAUUUGAUCAAUCCUACUUAUAGUCAAGUCAUAAUCAUAUUUGAUCCGUCCUACUUCUAGCCAACUCAUAUUUGAUCCGUCCUACUUGUAGCCAACUCAUAUUUGAUCCAUCCUACUUCUAGCCAACUCAUAUUUGAUCCGUCCUACUUGUAGCCAACUCAUAUUUGAUCCAUCCUACUUCUAGCCAAGUCAUAUUUGAUCCGUCCUACUUCUAGCCAACUCAUAUUUGAUCAAUCUUACUUCCAGCCAAGUCAGUAUGGCGCUUUGCGUUCAAUCUGACAGCCACUUACAAAAGAGACGCUGACAUACUUUGGCCCUAUGGAUCACUACGGUACGAACCGUCUCCAAUAUCAAAUCGACCAAAUUACAGUGAGUACCUGGAUUUGACAUCGAAUUAUUUCAUGUUUUACUUUCAAACCCAAAAAAUUAUCAAAUCUAUUAAUUUUGACAAGAAAACAUUCUUAAUAUUUCUGUAAAGCUAUUGAGUCAAUCUUUUAUAAGUUUAUCUUCUUUAAGUUAAUCUUCUGUACGUUAAUCUCUUGUAACUUAAUCUGCUGUAAGUUAAUCUUUAGUAAAUGAAUCUUUUGUGCGUUAAACUUGAUGCUAUCAUCUAUGUUUUGGAAACUCUAUCCAUAACCAACGAUUUUACAUUUCGUUUAAAAAUAUAACAAUGAAGCCAUGCAGCACACUAUACUAAUCAGUAACUACAUGCCACACAGCAUACUUUACUAGUCAGUAACUACAGGCCACACAGCAUACUUUACUAGUCAGUAACUACAGGCCACACAGCAUACUUUACUAGUCAGUAACUACAGGCCACACAGCAUACUUUACUAGUCAGUAACUACAGGCCACACAGCAUACUUUACUAGUCAGUAACUACAGGCCACACAGCAUACUUUACUAGUCAGUAACUACAGGCCACACAGCAUACUUUACUAGUCAGUAACUACAGGCCACACAGCAUACUUUACUAGUCAGUAACUACAGGCCACACAGCAUACUUUACUAGUCAGUAACUACAGGCCACACAGCAUACUUUACUAGUCAGUAACUACAGGCCACACAGCAUACUUUACUAGUCAGUAACUAAUUAUAAUAAUUAUAAAGUUUAUUUGAAAAUCACGCUUCGUCACUAAAUGCUCGAAGCGCAGUACAAAGUCAACCAUAUUAAAGAGAAAUGAUAAAUCUAUAUCAUAACACAUUGAAAUACAAAACGCAACAUUAUAAAAAAACUACAUACGAGAAUACCCAUUCUAGGUUUUUCAUCCCUUGCAAUCUACAGAAUACAGGCCACAAAGCAUACUUCACUAGUCAUUUACUACAGGACUCACACAUACAUUUUUACGCACUGGCUUCUAAUGUGAGGAAUUAAUCUCUUGUUUUAAGUUAUGGCUCGUUCACACAGUACACAACAAACGAUGAUACCAUAGAGAAAUACAAUAGUAAAGUUACGACACGCAAAAACAGUUGCCAAUUACAAUUAGUAAGAUUUUAUUUAGUAAUAAUGUAAUUACAAAACAAAAGAAAUAUAAUUACAAAUCAUCAACUUACAGGGUAUGUGAAAAUCUUGUACCGGCACACAGUUGUUAGUACAAUGUGCCAAUUAAUAAUGAUGAAUGAUCAAUGCGAAUAAACACAUAUGAGGACACAAAGAAUAAUACAAUCGUCUCGUAAAGUUAAAAUAUCUCUCUGAAUCUCUCUCCGAAACCCUUUAUUUUUAUUGUGGGUCUACCGACGCGUCCAGAAACGCCUUUACUUUUCUAAUACAAUCGCGAACAUUCGACAAAACCCCACUGAGAACAAAUUAAUUAUUUUUAGUUGCUGUCGGCAUUAAAUACGACAGAUCAAAAGACUAAGCCCCGCCCAUUGUGACCACCGUCUCAUGUGAGGGUCAACCAGAGAGCACGGCACGAGAGUAGUGUGCUACAUAACAUACAUACUUGGCUUGUAACUAACUGCAGGACUCAAACAUACAUACUUGGCUUGUAAGUAACUGCAGGACUCAAACAUACAUACUUGGCUUGUAAGUAACUGCAGGACUGACACACGCAUACUUUGCUUGUAAGUAACUUCAGGACUCACACACACAUACUUGGCUGGUCAGUAACUGUAGAAGUCACACAUUCAUACUUGACUGGUAAGUACUAAAGGACUCACACACAUACUUGGCUGGUCAGUAACUGCAGAACGCACACACAUACCAUCAUGUCAUUAUUGUUCGAAGAGCUCAAUUGUCUAUGUUGUCUUCCUGGUCUAGAGGUCAUCGCUGUGUCUAAAAGAAAAACUGCCGUGUGGCUGGUCAGUAACUGCAAGACUCAGUCUAAACGUGAGCACUACGUCAAAGAAAUGAAGGUAAAGCAAAGUAACUUUAGCUAUUCAAUUUUUAUUGAUAUUUGAAGUUUGACUUGGGAAAUAACGCUGUAUUAGACAUAGCACUGACAAGCGUUGAAUGACUCGCAUCUAUUCUAUCACUGCCAUGAUAAUAUCAUAUGAUAACAAUGUCAAAUGCAGGUAAUUACCCCUUUUUGUUGUUUUUUUUUUAUGUUCCAGAAAUACGUUGACAUCGAUAUCUAUGGACGCUGUGGCCGGCCCACCAACUGCUCACGGGCAGAGUACGGUCCAUGCAUGGUUCAGUUGCUGAGUCAAUACAAGUUCUACAUCGCCUUUGAGAACUCCAUAUGCGAUGACUACAUGUCGGAGAAACUGUUCAAACUCUUCGUCCCCAACAACCACAUCAUCCCCGUCGUGAGGGGCGGGGCCGACGUUGACACGCUCCUCCCCAACAACACGUUCGUCAACGCUGAUUGGUUUAAGACGGCAAAAGACCUGGCCUUGUUUUUGAAAUCAUUAAGCACCGACAUGGAUGCGUACAGCAGAUACUUACAAGCUAAAGAUGUGUACACGAGUGAAACGCGGGAAAAAAUACUGUGUACUUUGUGUGAGACGCUGACGUCAUCGGUGUUACGACCAAGAGUUUACGACCUCAAAACAUGGCUAGACGGGCAGUGCAGGGCGCCGAGGGCUUUUACAUAAGUGUUUGAUAUCAAACAUGGCUAGACGGACAGUGCAGGGCACCGCGGGCAUUUACAUAAAUGUUUAAUCUCGAACAUGGCUAGACGGACAGUGCAGGGCACCGCGGGCAUUUACAUAAAUGUUUGAUCUCAAAAAUGGCUAGACGGACAGUGCAGGGCACCGCGGGCAUUUACAUAAAUGUUUGAUCUCAAACAUGGCUAGACGGACAGUGCAGGGCGCUGAGGGCAUUUACAUAAAUGUUUGAUAUCAAACAUGGCUAGACGGACAGUGCAGGGCACUGCGGG